AUGGAAGGUGAAAAUCAGUCUGAAGUAUCAGAGUUCAUCCUUCUGGGUCUUUCAGAUGAGCCAGAGCAGCAGAGGCUCCUGUUCUUCCUGUUUCUCCUUAUGUACUUGAUCACAGGACUGGGCAACCUGCUCAUCAUGAUGGCUAUUUUCUCUGACCCACACCUCCACACUCCCAUGUACUUCUUCCUCAGUAAUUUGUCCCUGGCUGACAUCUGUUUCACCUCCACCACCAUUCCCAAGAUGCUGAGCAAUCACAUAUCCAAAAACAGAACAAUUCCUUAUGCUGGGUGUCUGACACAAGUAUUCUUCUUCAUUUUGUUUGGUGGGAUUGAUAGUUUCCUCCUCACUUCCAUGGCUUAUGACCGCUAUGUGGCUAUUUGUGCACCCCUACACUAUAACACAAUUAUGACUCCGAGGGUCUGUGUCCUUCUAGUACUAGUGUCUUGGUCUUGGGCCAUUACUAAUUCCCUGACACAUACCGUCUUGCUGACUCGAUUGUCAUUCUGUGGCCACAAUCAAAUCCCUCAUUUUUUCUGUGACCUCAGUCCCUUUUUAAAAUUGGCCUGCUCAGACACCUACAUCAAUGACUUGAUGGUCUAUACAGUGGGAGCACCAACAGUAUUUCUACCCUUCAUUGGAAUACUCAUAUCCUAUGCACACAUUUUCAUAAGUAUAAUGAAGAUCUCCUCUGUUAUUGGAAAACAGAAAGUUUUCUCUACUUGUGCUUCCCAUCUCACUGUGGUCUGUCUUUUCUAUGGGACAGUCAUUGGGGUGUACUUCAGCCCCACAUCUACCCAUAUAGCCCAACAAGAUAUAGCAGCAACUGUGCUGUACACGGUUGUUACUCCCAUGCUGAACCCUUUCAUCUAUAGCCUAAGAAAUAAGGACAUGAAAGGAGCCUUGAGGAUGCUCAUCAUUAGGAAACUGGGGUUCACUCUAUGA